AAUUUCUAUUUCCCGACACACACGAGUUUCUCACUAACCCAACUCCUUUCACUUCCUUUAACGCCGCCGCCGUCAUUUCCGCUGGUCACAGCCUUCACUUCCUCCCCGCUUCACACUCUCCUCUGUUUCCUUUUCACAGUUUUGCAGCUCGCACGCUCCUCUGUUCCAUCUCCGUUUCUGCACGCUGUCCCUUCGCCACGCCGCUACGCCACCUUCGCUUCGCACUAAGCUUCAAUCGGAGUCCGUGAGAAAAAGAUGCCUGCGAAGGAAGAUAACUCGGAGAAGGAGAAGUCUCUUGAUCUCUUUCUAAAGAUCGGCUUAGAUGAACGCACAGCUCGAAAUACCAUCGCCAACAACAAAGUCACUACCAAUCUCACUGCUGUUAUCCACGAGGCCGGUGUUACCGACGGAUGCAGCCGAUCAGUUGGAAAUCUUAUCUAUACGGUUGCAACUAAGUACCCUGGAAAUGCCUUGCCGCAUCGCCCAACGUUGCUGCAAUAUGUAGUUUCGUCCAAGGUGAAAACAACGGCACAGUUAGAUGCGGCUCUAUCUUUUCUUGCUACUACCGGAAUUGAGAACCUUGAUUUGAAUAAAUUUGAAGAAGCUUGUGGUGUUGGUGUUGAGGUUUCAGCAGAAGAUAUCAAGCAUGCUGUUAAUGAAGUUUUUGAGCAGAACAAGGCUUCAAUUCUGGAACUACGCUAUCGAACAAAUGUUGGUGAAUUACUUGGGCACGUGCGGAAAAGGCUCCCAUGGGCUGAUGCAAAAGCUGUGAAGCAACUCGUUGAUGCAAAAUUAUAUGAACUACUGGGUGAUAAAACAGCAGCUGACAAUGAAAAACCUUCUAAAAAGAAGAAGGAGAAACCUGCUAAAGUAGAGGAUACGGCAGCACCUGUUGCUACUCCUGAAAAGGCACCCGAAGAAGAUAUUAAUCCAUAUUCGAUAUUCCCUAAUCCAGAGGAAAAUUUAAAGGUGCAUACUGAAGUUCCUUUUAGUGAUGGUUCUAUUCUGAGAUGUUGUAAUACAAAGGCGCUUCUUGACAAGCACUUGAAAGUAACAGGUGGUAAAGUUUUGACCCGAUUUCCUCCUGAGCCAAAUGGAUAUUUACAUAUUGGUCAUGCAAAGGCAAUGUUUAUUGAUUUUGGGCUGGCAAAAGACAGAGAUGGAGGUUGCUAUCUGAGGUAUGAUGAUACAAAUCCUGAAGCAGAAAAGAAAGAGUAUAUUGAUCACAUUGAAGAAAUUGUCCAGUGGAUGGGCUGGAAACCAUUCAAGAUCACUUACACAAGUGAUUAUUUCCAAGAACUGUAUGAACUAGCUGUGGAGCUCAUAAGAAAGGGUUGUGCUUAUGUUGAUCAUCAGACACCUGAUGAAAUAAAGGAGUAUAGGGAAAAGAAAUUGAACAGUCCCUGGAGAGACAGACCAGUUUCAGAAUCGUUGAAACUUUUUGAAGAUAUGAGAAGUGGCCUUAUAGAAGAAGGAAAAGCCACGCUUCGAAUGAAGCAAGACAUGCAGAGUGAUAAUUACAAUAUGUAUGACCUUAUUGCAUACCGAAUUAAGUUUACUCCACACCCUCAUGCUGGAGACAAAUGGUGUAUCUACCCAAGUUAUGAUUAUGCUCACUGCAUUGUGGAUUCACUUGAGAAUGUCACACAUUCACUGUGUACUCUUGAGUUUGAGACACGCCGUGCUUCAUACUAUUGGUUGUUACAUGCAUUAGGUAUUUACCAACCUUAUGUAUGGGAAUAUUCGAGGUUAAACAUUUCUAACACGGUUAUGUCAAAGCGCAAGCUUAAUCGUCUGGUUACUGAAAAAUGGGUUGACGGGUGGGAUGAUCCUCGCCUGAUGACAUUAGCCGGUUUGCGGCGUAGAGGCAUGACUUCAACAGCAAUCAAUUCUUUUGUUCGGGGAAUUGGAAUCACUAGAAGUGAUGGCACUUUGAUAUCCGUGGGUCGCCUUGAGCAUCAUGUUAGGGAAGAAAUGAACAAAACCGCUCCUCGGACAAUGGCUGUCCUACAUCCACUCAAGGUUGUUAUUACUAAUCUUGAAGCCAACUCUGCAAUUGAGGUUGAUGGAAAAAAAUGGCCUGAUGCUCAAGCUGAUGAUCCAUCUGCUUUCUACAAGGUUCCUUUUUCCAAUGUUGUAUAUAUUGAACGCACAGAUUUCCGUAUGCAAGAUUCAAAAGAUUAUUAUGGCCUUGCUCCUGAUAAAUCUGUGAUACUCAGAUAUGCAUUUCCUAUAAAAUGCACUGAAGUUAUUCUAGCUGAUGAUAACGAGACUAUUCUUGAAAUUCGGGCCGAGUACGAUCCUUCAAAGAAGACAAAGCCUAAGGGUGUUCUCCAUUGGGUUGCACAAACUUCUCCCGAAGUUGAUCCAUUAAAGAUCGAAGUCAGGCUGUUUGACAGGCUGUUCCUAUCAGAGAAUCCUGCUGAACUUGACAAUUGGCUUGGUGAUCUUAACCCGCAAUCCAAAGUGGUAAUUCCAAAUGCAUUUGGUUUGUCAUCACUCCGAGAUGCAAAAGUUGGGGACAGUUUCCAGUUUGAAAGAUUAGGCUAUUUUACGGUUGAUCAGGACUCUACUCCAGAAAAGCUUGUUUUUAAUAGAACCGUCACAUUAAAGGACAGCUAUAGUAAGGGUGGAAAAUAGGAUUCAUGAAUGGAAAUUAGAGGUAAAAUCAUGCUGGCACAGAUCUGUCGGUGGUAAUAUUAUCUUGGUAAUAUUUAUUCAAAUAAUUGCAUGAUUGUUUUUUGGGGAGAGGUUCUGUACACAUUAACCGAUCACAUAGUGAUGUACAUCUUUUUACAGGAGCAGUCAAAAGUUCCCCAGUUAUUUAAAUUUCCUUGUGAGAUUUUGUAGUUUGAAGAUUAUACUUCUUUAAACCUAGUGAAGUUACUCCAGCCUUUGUUAGUCUCAUGCCAUUUCAUGAUGUAAAAAUUGCAGCAUUUAUUUUCCUUGUGUUUAAAUUAUAAUUAUUCACAUUUAAUUGAAAGCUAGGCUGAGUUUUUUA